AUGAACACUAACUCAUCCAAUAAGCGGACAGAAGAAGCUAUGUCGAAGGAAACACCAACACCACCCACGAAGAAUUUGUCACGAGAAGCCCGCAAACGUAGAAAUAAAAGGCUUAAGUGGGAACGUGAGCAUGAGCACGAACAGAAUGAACCCAUCCAAAUACCAGAAGAAAAGAUACCACCCGUUUCCGACCUUUCUACUGAGCUUAAUACUUUUGAUCCGUCGAGGCAUAAAACUCAACCCGAGAGUCGUAAAUUAACCAAAGAAGAUACUCAACAAUAUAUUUUAUCUCGGUGGGUUUCAGAAGAUUUCCUUGCUAGCGACCUUAGAACGAGUAAUAACGAGCAAUCGGCAGUCUAUACGGAUCCUCGGCUUACCUUUCAGGAAAAAUUCCUCGAAAAAAGACGGCAAAGGCUAGUUGUUCGGGAGUUAUUUGACCAGUGGUUGCUUCAACUAAAUACUAUAAAACCAGAUACUGAUAAUGAUAGCAAGAAAUCCCUAGCACCAUAUUGUACUCAGCCGAUUCCAACUUCCUUCGAAUUUCCUGCGAAAUUUAUGGAUUUAUUAGAGACGGAAGUUUUCAAUCGCAGAGAUUCUUCGGCAUCAUCAGAGCUGGAACGAUCAAAAUCAUCGUGGGAAAAGUUCGCACUUUGGGCAUGUUUCAAAAUUGGUCCGAAUUAUAUCCUACAGCAUCGUCGACAUUGCCAUCUUCUUUGGACUCGAACCCUAAAUGUAUAUCAACAUGAAGCUCAGAACAAGCCACUUGAAGGUCAUAAAAUCAAUGAAAUAUUUCUCCGAAAUCCAAAAGACAAACUCUAUAUCGCGGACGAAACAACGAAAGAGGUUAUAAGCGGGAACAAACUUGGAAGAUAUUAUCACAUUUCUGAUUCACAGUGUCUUAAGAAUUCCUUUGAAGAAACUAUAGUGGAUUUUUUCGAUCUUGAUAAUCAAACGGCCGUGGGUGGUGCUCGAAUAGCGGUGGAUCAAUAUUAUCAACAUACAAUUGCCCAUCCUUCACACCUGUCAAAACAAUUUGCAAAGGACUUGAUCGAACAUUUUGGUGGAUUUGCGGAUAGCAACAACCUUCCGUGUACCGCAGCAAAUACCGCGUCCUCCCACCGUGAAGAGCAUCAAAAAUGUGUCCGAGAUUUAAUAAAAGGCCUCCGACCGCUUUCUAACGCGGUUAAUAAGUAUCUAGAAACCACUUACCCAGCUUUAUAUCUUAAGAUGACAAACCUUGAUCUUGGACCAAAUAUUCCAAAAUUAUUCGGAGCUUUCCCACCGUCAGCAUCAAUUAUAAUAUUAUCUGUCAAUUUCACCGUGAUUUGA